AUGAAGGACCUCGACUUCGGCCCUGACAAAGUGCACGCGAAGGAUUUCCUUUCCAACUUUAUCGAUUGCAGUGGUGAACCCAAAUACAUGCGGAUCCUUCAAGAAGUUGCUAACCGCAAAUUUCGAGCAAUUCAGAUUGAUCUUGAGGACUUGUUCAGUUACAGGGAGUUGGAUGAAGAAUUCCUCAGUCGGGUUACUGAAAAUACUCGGCGAUAUAUUGGUAUUUUUGCUGAUGCUAUCGAUGAGCUCAUGCCCGAGCCCACAGAGGCCUUUACAGAUGAUGAUCAUGACAUAUUGAUGACCCAAAGGUCCGAUGAUGGACCAGAGAAUAUGGAUGGUCCAGAUCCACAUCAGAAGAUGCCUCCAGAAAUCAAGCGCUACUUUGAAGUUUACAUAAGAGCAUCUUCAAAGGGACGGCCAUUUACCAUUAGGGAGGUCAAGGCUUCAUAUAUUGGUCAGCUUGUAAGGAUAUCAGGUAUUGUGACACGGUGUUCAGAUGUUAAGCCAUUGAUGCAGGUUGCUGUUUAUACAUGUGAAGAAUGUGGUUUUGAGAUUUACCAGGAAGUAACUGCGCGAGUAUUUAUGCCCCUGUUUGAGUGCCCAUCCAGGCGUUGUAUAACAAAUAGAACCAAGGGGAAUCUUAUUCUUCAACUCAGGGCAUCAAAGUUCUUGAAGUUUCAGGAGGCCAAGAUACAAGAAUUGUCUGAACAUGUUCCAAAAGGCCAUAUUCCACGGACAAUGACUGUUCACUUCAGAGGUGAACUCACAAGAAAGGUAGCUCCGGGUGAUGUCAUUGAACUAUCUGGCAUUUUUCUUCCUAUUCCUUACACUGGUUAUAGAGCAAUGCGGGCUGGCUUAGUUGCAGAUACUUACUUAGAAGCCAUGUCUAUCACACACCACAAGAAAAGAUAUGAAGAGUAUGAACUUGUAGGAGAUGAGGAAGAGCAAAUUGUACGUUUAGCUGAUGAUGAUAUCAAAAAGGCUUUACUUCUGCUUCUAGUGGGUGCCCCCCACAGGAAACUAAAAGACGGAAUGAAGAUUAGAGGAGAUUUACAUAUUUGUUUGAUGGGUGAUCCUGGAGUUGCAAAGAGCCAGCUUCUUAAGCACAUAAUUAAUGUAGCACCCAGGGGAGUUUAUACAACUGGUAAAGGAAGCAGUGGAGUUGGUCUAACUGCUGCUGUUCAGAAAGAUCCUGUCACAAAUGAAAUGGUCCUCGAAGGAGGAGCAUUGGUGCUAGCGGAUAUGGGCAUUUGUGCAAUUGACGAAUUUGAUAAGAUGGAUGAAUUAGAUCGUACAGCCAUACAUGAAGUUAUGGAGCAGCAGACCGUCAGCAUUGCCAAGGCUGGGAUCACUACAUCUUUGAAUGCAAGAACUGCUGUUCUUGCUGCAGCUAAUCCAGCAUGGGGGAGAUAUGACCUACGUAGAACUCCAGCUGAAAACAUUAAUCUUCCGCCAGCCCUUUUGUCAAGAUUUGAUCUUUUAUGGUUAAUUCUGGAUCGAGCAGAUAUGGAUAGUGAUCUUGAGAUGGCUAGGCAUGUCGUCUAUGUCCACCAGAAUAAAGAAUCUCCUGCUCUUGGCUUCACUCCACUUGAACCAUCUGUUCUCCGUGCAUAUAUUUCUGCUGCAAGAAGAUUGUCUCCUUCAGUUCCGCAGGAACUUGAGGAGUAUAUUGCUAGUGCCUACUCUAGCAUUCGGCAAGAAGAAGCUAAAUCUAAUGCUCCCCACUCCUAUACGACUGUGAGGACCCUGCUCAGUAUUCUUCGAAUAUCAGCUGCAUUAGCAAGACUGCGAUUUUCUGAAACUGUGGCUCAAAGUGAUGUGGAUGAGGCACUAAGGCUAAUGCAGAUGUCAAAGUUCUCUUUGUACUCAGAUGAUCGCCAGAAAUCUGGUCUGGAUGCUAUCUCCGAUAUCUAUUCAAUUUUGCGAGAUGAAGCUGCCAGGACUGACAAGCUGGAUGUGAGCUAUGCACAUGCACUAAAUUGGAUUUCUAGGAAGGGGUACAGUGAAGCCCAACUGAAAGAAUGUUUGGAGGAAUACGCAGCCUUGAAUGUGUGGCAGAUAAAUCCCCUUACUUUUGACAUACGAUUUAUUGAUGCCUGA